AUGCCCAAAGCUGCUGGCAAAAAGCGCAACGGCGCAGCCCAUGGCAGCAGCCCGUACAGUCAUGGCUCUGCGGCGAACCAUAUCUUCAAGAUGAAAACAAAUAUCGGUCAACAUGUGCUUAAGAAUCCUGGUGUGGCACAGGCAAUAGUCGACAAAGCCGACCUUAAACAGAGCGAUAUCGUCCUCGAAGUGGGCCCUGGGACGGGUAACUUGACGGUCAAGAUACUUGAGAAAGCAAAGAAAGUCAUUGCCGUCGAAUUGGAUCCCAGGAUGGCAGCCGAAGUCACAAAACGCGUGCAAGGCAAACCUGAGCAGAAGCGAUUGGAGGUCUUGCUCGGUGACGUUGUAAAAACCGAUUUACCUUACUUCGAUGUCUGCAUAAGCAAUACACCAUAUCAAAUCUCCUCCCCCUUAACUUUCAAACUCCUUGCACUCUCUCCCGCCCCUCGUACCUGCAUCCUAACCUUUCAACUCGAAUUUGCGCAACGACUUUUUGCUAGGCCUGGCUCCACUCUCUAUUCGCGACUCUCAGUCAAUACGCAAAUGUGGGCCACAGUAACACACAUCAUGAAAAUCGGCCGCAACAAUUUCCGUCCUCCACCAGCGGUGGAGAGUAGCGUGGUAAGACUGGUGCCGAAGAGACCAAGACCGGAUGUCAGCUGGGACGAAUGGGAUGGGCUACUGAGGGUUUGUUUCGUGAGGAAGAACCGGACGCUGAGAGCGGGGUUUCUUGGUACGACUACCGUUAUGGAGAUGCUCGAAGCCAACUACCGAACCUGGUGCGCGCAGAACAAUGUCUCCGUUGAAGAUGGGCCAUCCGACGUCAACGGUGCUGAAGUGGGAAUGGAAAUUGCUGCCGAGGUGCAAGCGGUAAAAGAUGAAGAGCCAGGAGCAGGUGAUGAAGAAGAGGAAGAAGAAGAAGAGUGGGGAGGUAUCAUGGAUGUAGAUGACGCGGAUACACCCUCCUUUUUCCAAGACGAGCUAGAUGAGAAGGCCAAGAUAUUAAACGCCAAGUCUGGGGGAACGAGGAAGAGGAAGGGUAAAGUCGCUGAAUUAGUCCGAGAAAAGGUGAGGAAGAUUUUGGAGGACGAGACGGAGCUUGCGGAUAAGAGAGCGAGGAUGUGCGAUGAGAGUGACUUUCUCCGAUUGCUGUGGGCGUUUAACAAGGAAGGGAUUCAUUUCAGCUGA